AUGGAGAUGGAAGAGGUGGAGGCCGUUCUCGAGAAGAUUUGGGACUUACACGACAAUCUUAGCGAUGCUAUCCACUCCAUUUCCAGAUCUCACUUUCUCCAUUCCGUCAAGUCCCUACGCACUUCCACCGAUCUAUUCGGACCCAACAAGAAACUCUCUGAUGCUGACCUCAAAGGUGGCUUCGUUUACGUCAAAGACUUCCCCAUCGAACAGGACGAUGGCUCCGCUAUUCACGAGGCCAAUAGUUUGAAUUCCAUUUGCACCGCUCUCGAGAACCUCGAGGACCAGCUCGAGUUCUUUCAUGUGAGUUUCUGCUGCCCUAAUUUCAUUGUUUGCUUAAGAUUUUGCUCAUAA